UGUAUCUAAUGCUCUCGUCCGUACAUGAAUCAACUUGCUGCUGCUGUUGUGGAGGAGAAGUCAACCUUACCCACCCUUGUUGCUGUGGUAGUCUUCACCCAGCAAAAUUGCAGACAAAUUUUUCGAAGCUUCUCGUGAAGAAGCUAUCCUUACCUCUCUCUCCCUAUCUCUAUCUAUGAUCAGAUUUCUGAGUCUUCUUAAAUAGACCGGAUCGAUCGAUCGCUCAGACAUUUCUCCUCUUUUGUUUGGUCGAUUAAUUUGUUCUAGGGUUUGGGGAUUGAUUGAUUCAUGGGUAUUUGCUGCAGCGUUCGAAUUAGGGCGCACCACAGUCCUCGUCGUGACGGUGAUGGCGAUGGAACGAGUUCAAGGUUUGCGAGUAUCGACGGAAGGGAUUUGAGCAGCCGGCGUUCAUCCUCGUCGUCUGUUCCCCUGACUCCGAGGAACGAGGCCGACAUUUUGGAUUCGAGUAAUUUGAAGAGCUUUGGAUUCAAUGAUCUGAAAACAGCCACGCGAAACUUCCGGCCGGACAGUGUGUUAGGUGAAGGUGGUUUCGGGUGCGUCUUCAAGGGAUGGAUCGACGAGAAUUCGUUCAAAGCUGCCAAGCCCGGCACGGGGAUGGUAAUUGCGGUGAAAAGAUUGAACCAGGAAAGUUUCCAGGGGCACAAGGAAUGGUUGACGGAAAUUAACUAUCUGGGGCAGCUUUACCAUCCUAAUCUCGUCAAAUUGGUCGGGUAUUGCUUGGAGGACGAACACCGGCUUCUUGUUUACGAGUUCAUGCCUCGCGGAAGUUUGGAGAAUCAUCUGUUCAGGAGAGCAUCGUAUGUACAGCCGUUGUCUUGGAACCUACGGAUGAAGAUUGCUCUCGAUGCGGCAAAAGGACUUGCAUACCUUCACGGCCCUGGAGCCAAAGUUAUUUACCGCGAUUUCAAAACCUCCAACGUACUGCUCGACUCGCAUUUCAAUGCAAAGCUUUCGGAUUUCGGGCUGGCUAAGGACGGCCCUGUCGACGGUAAAAGCCAUGUGUCGACUAGAAUAAUGGGCACCUACGGUUACGCAGCUCCCGAAUAUAUGGCCACAGGUCAUCUGACGGCGAGAAGCGACGUGUACAGCUACGGCGUCGUCCUCCUCGAGAUGCUGACUGGGCGACGGGUGCUCGACAAGAACCGUCCCCACGGGGAGCAAAACUUGAUCGAGUGGGCACGGCCGUUGCUCGCGAGCAAACGGAAAGUGCUGAGAGUAAUGGACUCGCGGAUAGAAGGGCAGUACACGCCGAAUGGCGCGCUGCGCGCCGCCACGCUGGCGGUCAGAUGUCUCGCCUUAGAGCCGAAGCACAGGCCAACGAUGAACGAGGUUGUUAAGGUGCUCGAACAACUACAGGAGACGGGGAGCGUCAAAAUUGAAGAAGCUGCCCAGAGGCAGCGGGGCGGAGAUUCCGGCAGGAAAGGCAUGUCUUAUCCGAGACCAGCGGCGGCGGCGUCUCCGGCGCCGGCGACGGCUGCUUGAGUGGGGCAUGAAGUGGCCGGAGUUGGUGUUGUGAGAGUUUUUACUUUCUUUUGCCACCACCAUUGGAUAGAAUUAGAGAGAGACAUAUAUAUAUAUAUAUAUAUAUAUGUAUUUAGGGAUAUGUACAGUGGAGAGUAGAUCUUGUGUUGUAAUUGUCUGUUUGUUCUCGCAUCUUCGGUUUGGCUGUCCGAAAAUGCUGCAAGGACUGUCCAGUCCAGAUAAUUUCUAAUUCUGAAAGUCUUGUUAUUCAAUAACAGAUAUUUUAAUUUCA